AUGGAUCCAAAGUUUUUAGAUGCAAUUAGGAAAAAUGACAUUACCACAUUUUCAAGCCUAGUUAAAGAGAAUGAAGGAAUCCUCAAUCAGAGAACAGCUGAUUCCUUCAACACUCCAUUACACCUUGCUUCCAUGUAUGGUUGCACUGAAAUGGUGUCUGAGAUUGUCGGAUUGUGCCCUGACAUGAUUUCUGCUGAGAAUAAAAACAUGGAGACUCCAAUUCAUGAGGCUUGUCGACAAGAGAAUGUCAAGGUCUUAAUGUUGAUGCUAGGAGUCAACCCUACAGCUGCUUGUAAGCUUAAUCCAACUUGUAAAAGCGCUUUCUUUUUGGCUUGCAGCCUUGGUCAUCUUGACUUGGUGAAUCUCUUGCUGAAUCUAUCUGAGAUGGUGGAGCCAGAGGCAGCAGGGUUUGAUCAAACUUGUAUCCAAAUUGCUGUAUCAAGAGGGCACACAGAUGUUGUUAGAGAGUUGUUGAAUAAGCGGCCAGAGCUUACUCAAGUGAUCGAAGAUAAUGGGAAUUCACUAUUGCACAAUGCUAGUAGUAAAGGACACAGGGAGAUUGUAUGGAUCCUACAAAGACGUGAUCCAAACCUUGCUUUACAAUACAACAACAAUGGUUAUACACCAUUGCACCUGGCAGUAAUGAAUGGGAAAGUCUCAAUCCUUUACGAUUUUGUGUCAAGCUGUGCCACAUCAUUUCAUUAUCUCACAAGAGAAGAAGAGACAGUACUUCAUUUAGCUGUGAGAUACGGAUGCUAUGAUGCUUUGGUAUUCUUGGUGGAAGUCUGCAAUGGUACCAAUCUAUUGCACUGUCAUGAUCGAUAUGGCAACAGUGUCUUACAUCUUGCAGUUACAGGCGGGCGCAAUAAGAUAGCAGAGUUCUUGAUCAUCAAGACAAAGCUGGAUAUUAACACUCGGAACAGUGAAGGGAAAACAGCACUUGACAUCCUUGACCAGGCUAAGGAUAGUGCAGAGAAUAGGCAAUUACAAGCCACUUUUAUCAGAGCUGGUGGUAAAAGAAACUUCCAACCUUCGUCUUGGUCACUGGAAGUAGACAAGGCCAAUUCUCUGUCACCUAUAGCAUCGAAGCUUUCUCUGUCACAAAGGUAUAUAGCUAACGAAAUGGAAGUGCCAAGUGAAAUGGUUUCUUAUGAUUGCACAAGCCCACCAGAAGUUAGCAAAAGCAUGGAGUCUAGAUCACCUCAGCCUCAAGUAAGUGAGAGAUUUGAGAAUGGAACCUAUAAACCAUAUUACUUCUCCCCAACCACUUUAGGGAAACACAAGCAUCAGAAAAAAAGAAAAACUGAAAAUUUAAAUCAACUUUACUAUACUGAGAGAAAUAUGUACCAUGAGAUGCACAAAGAAGCAUUACUAAAUGCAAGGAACACCAUUGUACUAGUUGCAGUUUUGAUUGCAACUGUCACUUUUGCAGCUGGCAUUAGUCCCCCUGGUGGUGUGUACCAAGAAGGACGAAUGGGAGGGAAGUCAAUGGUGGGAAAAACAACAGCUUUCAAGGUCUUUGCAAUAAGCAACAACAUAGCAUUGUUCACCUCACUAUCUAUAGUCAUUGUUCUUGUUAGUAUCAUUCCCUUUAGGAGAAAGCCACAAACGAGACUAUUGACGAUUGCUCACAAAGUCAUGUGGAUAGCUGUGGCAUUUAUGGCAACUGGCUAUGUUGCAGCCACAUGGGUGAUCUUGCCACAUAGUAAAGGGAUGCAAUGGCUAUCUGUGGUGCUACUAGCACUAGGUGGUGGCUCUCUGGGGACAAUCUUCAUUGGUCUUGGUGUGAUGCUGGUUGAGCACUGGCUGAGGAAAUCCAAGUGGAGAAAGACAAGAAAGGAAAGUGGGGAUGGAGCUGCAGACUUGGAAAGGAAAAGUGUAAAUUCAGAUUUUGAGAGCUCUUAUUUACAGGGUUAUCAUUCAUACUGA